AUGGCACGAAUACCUAUACUGUUCUUGCGAGGAAGCUACUAUGAAUGUGGUUUCCAAAAGGGCGAAUUCUUCAAGAGUGAAAUUCAAACUUACUAUGAAGAGCAAGAGCCGAAAAUGUCUGCUAUGUUAGAAUUCUAUCAUUCCGACAAGGGACGAGAUUUCUGCGAGAGUAUGAUGAAAGCUGCGCGUGAAAAAUACCCGCAAUAUGUUGAUGAAAAUAAAGGUAUUGCCGAUGGAGCAGGUAUCCCUGAAGAAAAGGCCAUUAUGACACUUCUGUGGAGCCAAAUUGAUGAUGCACUUGGCUUCGCGGAGAAAGAGAUUUUUGCGGCAUAUGGGAAAAGCAUAGCUGCUCAGGGAUGUUCAGAUAUAUUCGUCAAUAACGACAAAGAGAAAAUCAUUGGCCACAACAACGACUGGGUUUCCAGUAUGAAAUCAUGCAUCCAAUUAGCCUACUAUGCAGAGUACACUCUGCCAAAUGGAGAUGUAGUGCCGCCACAAAAAUUAUUAACAAUAGGAGACCAUCCAGCAAAUAUUGUUAAUGCAGCUUAUGUUAACCAUUACGGGAUGUGUGGCGAUAUAAACAUCUUGGUGUUCCCAAAUGAUGAACUGGCACCUAAGAAGUCAACAUCGCUUAUACUGAAUCGUGCCAUGCAGCAUGCCAAGGACAAGGACGAUCUGGUGAGGAUCUUAACAGACGAGGGCCAUGGUAUUGGGUGGGGCUGGACGUUCUGUGUUAAUGCAGGGUUCAUUGAUGACCCUAAUUUAUACAAUGUUGAGGUUGGCCCAAGCACUGAAGCGAAGUCAUCUGUUAGCGUGGUCACUAUCUCACAAGAUAAAACCAUAGAGAAGGAAACACCAGGUGUAUAUUCGCACUUCAACCAUGUAAAACACUUACCUGACAAAGGUAUACGGGUUCAACUCUGUGAUAUUCGUCAAGCAAGAUUUGAUGAGUUACCAACUCCACAUGAUUUGGAAAGUGUUUUGAAUAUAAUGGGAGAUGAAAAUCAUGAUGAUUUCCCGAUAUAUAAAGCAAGGGAAGAGGGACUUCUUUGGAACACCAACUGGUCUUCUGUAAUGGACUUCACAAGGAAAAGGGUACUGGUUUACAAAGACAAUCCCAAAACAUCGGAACCAAUCGCCAUCCUGCCAUUUUCUUUAGUUAUGGAUGAUAAAUAAUAUGGUGAAAUAGUAUGGCAGUGAACAGCAUAAUGACUUUACAUUCUAGAACAGCCACAAAAAUGGCUGCCAUAUUUGAAAAUGGCCCAUAUUUGCCAAAUUGUCAUUCGACAGUGCGAUUUGCUUUUAAAAAUUGACAAAUCAAAUAUUAUCUAAAUCGCUCCAUAAAUUUUCCAGUUAUUGCAAAAAACAUAAACUAAACACAUUUUUUUUAUGUCAC